GCGGGCGGGCAGGCGGGCAGGCGCGCGAGGCUGGCGGGCGGGCGGCGAGAGCGGGAGGAGGAGCGGCUGCCGCCGCCACCGCCGCCGCCAUAGAGACUGUAGCCGUGGAGACUGUUACUUACCAACGGGGACCAACACGCAGCAGCCGCUGCUGCCGCCGCGGGAGCUGCUGCCCGAACUCCCGGCCCGAACUCCAGAACUGAGCAUGCAGAAUUCAGAGGGUGGAUCCGAUUCGCCGGCUUCUGUGGCUCUGUGUCCGUCGGCAGCAGCCCAGGCCCCCGUGGCUCAGCCUGUGCCAGCCUCCCCGCAGAGGGUGUUGGUCCAGACAGCGGGCUCGGCUCCCAAAGGGGCCCAGAUGCAGCCAAUCCCCCUCCCCAGGGUCCAGCAGGUGCCACAGCAGGUCCAGCCCGUGCAGCACGUGUACCCCCCGCAGGUGCAGUACGUGGAAGGCGGAGACACGGUCUACACCAAUGGAGCCUUACGGACGGCCUACGCCUACAACCCCGAGCCUCAGAUGUACGCCCCGAGCAGCACAGCGUCUUACUUCGAGGCCCCGGGCGGCGCCCAGGUGACCGUGGCAGGCUCCUCCCCGCCGGCGGUCCCCUCCCACAGCAUGGUGGGCAUCACCAUGGAUGUCGGGGGGAGCCCUAUUGUCUCCAGCGCGGGAGCCUAUCUCAUCCACGGGGGGAUGGACGGCACGAGACACUCCCUGGCCCACACUUCCCGGUCAUCGCCGGCUACGCUUGAAAUGGCGAUUGAAAACCUCCAAAAAAGCGAAGGGAUCACCUCACACAAAAGCGGUUUACUCAACAGCCAUCUCCAGUGGCUGUUAGACAAUUACGAAACCGCGGAAGGCGUGAGUCUCCCCAGAAGCUCCCUCUACAACCAUUACCUCCGGCACUGCCAGGAGCACAAGCUGGACCCCGUGAAUGCUGCCUCUUUCGGGAAGCUGAUCCGCUCGGUGUUCAUGGGGCUGCGGACGCGGCGGCUGGGCACCAGGGGCAACUCCAAGUAUCAUUACUAUGGGAUCCGUCUAAAGCCGGACUCACCCCUGAACCGGCUGCAGGAGGACACCCAGUACAUGGCCAUGCGGCAGCAGCCCCUGCAUCAAAAGCCCAGGUACCGGCCGGCCCAGAAGACAGACAGCCUUGGGGACAGUGGCUCGCACGGCAGCUUGCACAGCACACCGGAGCAGGCCAUGGCCGCCCAGAGCCAACACCACCAGCAGUUCAUCAAUGUCUCCCACGUCUUCCCGGAGUUCCCCGCGCCUGACCUGGGCAGCGUCCUGCUGCAGGAGAGCAUCACGCUGCACGACGUCAAGGCCCUGCAGCUGGUCUACCGGCGGCACUGCGAGGCGACCUUGGACGUCGUGGUGCGCCUGCAGUUCCACUACAUGGAGAAGCUGUGGCUUUCCUUCUGGAACUCCAAAGCGCCCUCGGGUGACGGCCCCGCCCCUCUCCCUGCCAGCGACGGAGAGCCCGAAGGUGCCGUCCUCCCGAAGGACAAGCUGGUGUCCCUGUGCAAGUGUGAGCCCAUCCUCAAGUGGAUGAGGAACUGCGACCACAUCCUGUAUCAGGCCCUGGUGGAGAUCCUCAUCCCCGACGUGCUGCGGCCGGUGCCCAGCACCUUGACGCAGGCCAUCCGUAAUUUUGCCAAGAGCUUGGAAGGCUGGUUGACGAAUGCCAUGAGAGACUUCCCACAGCAGGCCAUCCAGACCAAGGUGGGCGUGGUCAGUGCCUUCGCACAGACUCUUCGCAGAUACACGUCUCUCAACCACCUCGCUCAGGCAGCCCGGGCCGUGCUCCAGAACACUUCCCAGAUUAACCAGAUGCUCAGUGACCUCAACCGCGUGGACUUUGCCAACGUGCAGGAGCAGGCCUCGUGGGUGUGCCAGUGCGAGGAGAGCGUGGUGCAGCGGCUGGAGCAGGACUUCAAGCUGACCCUGCAGCAGCAGAGCUCCCUGGACCAGUGGGCCACCUGGCUGGACAACGUGGUCACCCAGGUCCUGAAGCAGCACGCCGGCAGCCCCAGCUUCCCCAAGGCCGCCCGGCAGUUCCUUCUGAAGUGGUCCUUUUACAGGUUCCCAGCCCCCGUCCGCCCAUCCCCCAGCUCCAUGGUGAUCCGCGACCUGACGCUGCGCAGCGCCGCCAGCUUCGGCUCCUUCCACCUGAUCCGCCUGCUCUAUGACGAGUACAUGUUCUACCUGGUGGAGCACCGCGUGGCAGAGGCGACCGGAGAGACACCGAUCGCCGUGAUGGGAGAGUUCAAUGAUCUCGCCUCCCUGUCGCUGACACUGCUCGAUAAAGAUGACCUCGGCGAGGACCGCAGCAGCGGCGAGGCUGACCCGGACGCCCACGGCCUGGGUGAGCCGCUGGUGAAGCGGGAACGUGGUGACCCAAACCACUCCCUGCAGGGCAUCUAGCUGGACGGUGCCUUCCCCGGGCUCCGGACCGGGCCCCUCGAGCUCCGCCGCAGCAGUGCCUCUUAGGUGACGUGACCCGACUCGCGAGGCACUGGCGCACCCUCACAGGACACGCUAUUCCUCAAGAAAACCAUCGGUAAACACGGCAGGAGGCCACAUCGGGUUCCCGAGCGCCCAAGCUGCUCUCCUGGUGCCUCCUGGCUCAUCUUCUUCCGAACGUUCUCGCUCUCUCCUCUGCUGGGCUGUGAACUUCGGUCUGAGUCUACGCACCCCCACCUAAGGGCCAGACGGGGUCGGCGCCCCCACACUGGGCUCCUUCGCUGUUCCGCUGGUCCCAGUUUCCACCCUUGUGUCUUAAAACUCAGAUCCCAGGAGGGACGGGAUGUUCUGCAGCUGUUGGGCAGUGCUGGGCUGACCGGUGCCCACGGGGCCCCCUGGCCUGGUGCCCUGUGGUGGGAAGGGACCAUCUCAGCGCCGUGCCCGAGGCCUCCUGCCCUGCCCGCUGUGCCGAGGUGCAGAGGCCGGCCCGCCGGAGCCCCACGCGCAGACGCCAAAGGUCUCCGGAAGCCGCUGCCAAUUGCCGAGUCCCUGGACCACGCACAGCCCACAGCCCCACGUGCCUCAAAGAACAUGUCACGGAAGUGGCCUGCUCAUGCCGAGAUACAGUGGUGUCUUUAAGAAUCAAAACCAUAAGUUUUAUCAGCAACUAGAAGGAUUUGGGUUCUGUCCGAGUUCAUGGCCAACGUCAGGCCAAACUGCUGGGUCUGGAAUGAGUUUUUCCGAGGGGGCUGGGUGGUCGGUGUUUCAGUGGCACUUUGAGAGGGCAGCCAUCGGGCCACGUCUGCCUGGCCCCCACUCCACAGAAUCUUCUGGAACGUCCGCCUUUGAACUAGCAAUCCUGGAGCACUUUGACCCCGGGCAAGUCCCAUCUUGAACUGCUCAAAGUUGAAACUCUUCUUUGAGUUAAAUGAAUCCCGAGGACUGGCACAGCCUCGAACUUUGAACACUCCGGAUCUGCAUCCGUCAUAACACGUUGUACUUGGUUAGUUCCGUGCGAGAGUUCUGCCCCCAAACCAGCUGCAAAGAAGAAAGACAAACCUCUGCUCUAAGAAGCGACAUCUUACGAAAUGCAAUAGUUUCUCCUUUUGGAAAUAUGUUUAUAUCAAUAGUUUUGUGCUCAACGCGUUAUUAGAACGUUUCUUAUGAACAUGUAUAUUGCAGUAUAUUCAGUCCCCGAUGUUUUUUCUCAUUCACACAGAAGGUACCGGUGUAAACUCACGUGGCCUUUAAAAACCUUCCUUCCUCAGCCCACUCCAGGUGUGCGGAGAGGUGUGGAGGGAAGGACGAGAAAGACAGGCGCUUACUUUAGAAGCCAGAAGUCCAUGAUAAUCACAAUGUUUGCCUGCUUUUACAGAUGGAACCAGACAGAAAGAAUGUCUUUAAAAUAUAUAUCUCCUCUCCUGGGAGACAUUUAAGCUCACA